AUGUAUGGGGGGUGGCGGCUCUUGCAGAAUCGCUUACCUACGAAAACAAAUUUGGCAGUUAGAGGUAUUUUACAGACUGAUGCGGCACUUUGUGUAGCAGGGUGUGGUCAGGUUGAAUCGGCUAAUCACUUGUUCAUAUCGUGUUCUUCUUGUGUUCCUUUAUGGCAACAGUUACGUCAUUGGCUUGGUUUUGUGGGGGCAGAUACCAAUAUUGGAGCUGAUCAUUUGGUGCAGUUUACUCAUAUGGUAGGUGUUGGUAAAGUUAAGCGUUUGUUCUUGCAAUUAAUCUGGCUUCUUUGUGCUUGGGUUUUGUGGAAUGAACGUAAUAACCGUCUGUUUAAUAAUGUUAUAACUGAUGUACCUAGGUUGCUUGAUAAGAUUAAAUCUUUGUCCUUAGCGUGGUUGACGGCUAAAAAAGCCAUGUUUGUUUUUGGUACUCAUAGGUGGUGGUCAAGCCCCUUGGCUUGUUUAGGCAUUGGUUAA